GACAUCACUGGCAAAAGUUUGGACUCGGCCAGCCCUCUACUGUUUGCGGUUAAGGGGAGGCCCCGAACGAAUGGGUGUCUCUUGCUGGUGGAUCCCUUACCCUUGUGGGAGGGGGGAAAGCGGAGUUUAUCCAACCAGAACUUCCCUGCUUGCUGCACGCUUCAUUGUCCUCCCCCUUCUCCGCAUGUAAAUCCACCACAAAGGAGCUGAAGUUCAAAUAGGGCUGUUUUAGCUACGCUUGAAGUGAUGGAGUGAAAGCUCAGAAGCUCAGAAGAGCCCGAGUUCCUGAAAAGCAAGUUGCUGCCGCUGCCUAUUGUCCCCUCGAAUAUCUCUGGCAUGGCUUAGGUUCACGUUAAAGGGACGGAACGAGAAGGAAAUUAUACCAGGACUGCGGUAGCCUUAUGUUGCCAUCCUUCCAAGCCCAAGUACCAAAACACAGGCGCGCUUUCAAUCCGUCAGAAUCCAACCAGUCCUGAGAUGAAAUGGUUUCUUUUGCUUCUCAGUGAUGUCACCCUUUCUGUGGAUGAGCCAAGUCAGUGAAUCUUUGACUUCCUAAAAGGCUGAAGCUUGAAGAAAGAAGCCCAAAGGAAAAAGGAUUCCAAAGUUGCAUAAUAAAGGAAGCAGUUACAGAAAGGACCAUGAAGGCAGAAGUGUGUUUAUUACUAAUGGCUGUCGUGGGAAUCCAUGGUAAGACCCAUGUUUUUGAAGGCAACAGCGAGGGAGAAGAACAAGAAUUUGUGUACGCAAACAGGUACAAACGCUCCACUGACACUCAAGACAAAUGCACCUAUACCUUCAUUGUACCUCAGCAGAAAGUAACGGGUGCCAUUUGUGUGAACUCAAAAGAGCCUGAUGUUGUACUUGAAAACAGGGUAAAUAAGCAGGAACUUGAGCUCCUGAAUAAUGAACUCUUGAAGCAAAAGAGGCAAAUCGAAACCCUCCAGCAGUUGGUGGAGGUCGACGGAGGGAUUGUCAACGAGGUGAAGCUCUUGCGCAAAGAGAGCCGCAACAUGAACUCGCGGGUCACGCAACUCUACAUGCAGCUGCUGCACGAAAUCAUCCGAAAACGGGACAACGCUUUAGAGCUUUCCCAGUUGGAGAACAAGAUCCUGAACCAAACGGCGGACAUGCUGCAGCUGGCCAACAAAUACAAAGACCUGGAGCACAAAUACCAGCAUUUGGUCUCCAUCGCCAAUAACCAGUCUAUCAUUAUCGCACAACUGGAAGAGCAUUGCCAAAGAACACCAUCCAUGAAACCGGUCCUCCAGCCUCCACAGCCACCCAACCGAGUCUACCAGCCACCUACUUACAACCGUAUCAUUAACCAGAUAUCUACCAAUGAGAUUCAAAGUGACCAGAAUUUAAAGGUUCUACCGCCUACUCUACCGACCAUGCCACCGGUUACUAGUAUCCCAACUUCCACUGACAAACCUUCAGGUCCUUGGAGAGACUGCCUACAGGCCUUAGAAGAUGGCCAUGACACCAGUUCCAUAUACCUUGUGAAACCUGAAAACACAAACCGGUUGAUGCAGGUCUGGUGUGACCAGCGGCACGAUCCUGGUGGCUGGACGGUAAUCCAGAGGCGUUUGGAUGGAUCUGUCAACUUUUUCAGGAACUGGGAGACGUACAAGCAAGGAUUUGGUAACAUUGACGGAGAGUACUGGUUAGGCCUAGAAAAUCUUUACUGGCUGACAAAUCAAGGCAACUAUAAAUUACUGGUCACCAUGGAAGACUGGUCAGGCCGGAAAGUGUUUGCCGAAUACGCCAGUUUCCGAGUGGAGCCAGAGAGCGAGUACUAUAAGCUGCGACUGGGGCGCUACAACGGAAACGCUGGAGACUCCUUCACGUGGCACAAUGGGAAGCAAUUCACGACACUGGACAGAGAUCAUGAUGUAUAUACAGGUAACUGUGCUCAUUACCAAAAGGGAGGAUGGUGGUACAACGCAUGUGCGCAUUCGAACCUCAACGGCGUCUGGUAUCGAGGAGGACACUAUCGGAGUCGCUAUCAGGACGGUGUCUAUUGGGCAGAGUUUCGGGGGGGAUCAUAUUCCUUAAAAAAAGUCGUCAUGAUGAUCAGACCAAACCCCAACACAUUCCACUGAAAGAUAAAGCCACCUUCUCGAGGGAAAGACUCAAAAGGCAACAACAGUUGCAUCUGCCAUUCAGAACACAACUUUCUCAGCAGCAAAGAAUGUAAUAUAUUGUACACUGACUGCCAUUAAUACACCAGACUUGUAUAUUGUAUUUUUUUUCAACAAUCGUUCCAGAACCAAAAGAAGAAGAAGCAUUUCGAAACAUCACUUUCUGCACCAAAAGAAUCUGCCGUGUAAAAUAGACUUUUAUAUAUUCUCAAAACACUGAACAUUUUUCAACCUGUACAGUAAGACUUCUUAAAAUAAUAAUAAUAGUGAUGAUAAUGAUGAUGAUAAUAAUAAUAAUGAAUUCAUUUGACACAGGAAAUUAUAUCCUUUGAAACUAUGUAGCCAGUACAGGUACCUUAGACCAUUAGAGCGAUUGUUUCCUAAUUUAAUUUUUUUUUGGUGUUGUGAAGGCUUUAGUGUCUACUUUGAAGUGUCUACAAAAUGCCAAGCGCAAAUAGAACCCCAUUUUGACUUGGAGCUCAAAGCACUAUUAGAACCUGAAAAUAAAUUAUUGUAUACAGCGCACACAAACAGUUGAGGUUAUGGGUUGCUGUGAGUUUCCAGGCUGUAUAGCCAUAUUCCAGAAGCAUUUUCUCCUGACGUUUUGCUCACCUCUAUGGCAGGCAUUCUCAGAGGUUGUGAGGUCUGUUGGAAACUAGGUAAGUCAGGCUUAUAUAUCUGUGGAAUAAUGUCCAGGGUGGGAGGCAAGUGUGAAUGUUGCCAUUGGUCAGAUUGAUUAGCAUUGAAUGGCCUUGGACACAAUCAUGGCCAACUAAUACCUCCCAACAAAGGAUUCCCGUUGCAGUUUCAAAGUUUGGCUGCGUCCUGCCUGGAAGACAGGAUGCACCUAACACCUCUCUUUGUUGGGAGGUGUUAGCUGGCCCUAAUUGUUUCCUGUCUGGAAUUCCCCUGUUUUUUUUAGUUUUGCUCUUUAUUUACUGUCCUGAUGUCAGAGUUUUAAUACAGUAGAGUCUCACUUAUCCAACCUUCGCUCAUCCAACAUUCUGUAUUAUCCAACACAGUCUGCCUGAUCCACAGCUAUUUCAAUACAUUGCGAUGUUUUGGUGCUAAAUUCGUAAAUACAGUAAUUGCUACAUAAUGUUACUGUGCAUUUAACUGUUUUUCAUGAUGUUUUGGUGCUUAAUUAAUGGAGUCCCUGGUGGCGCAGUGGGCUAAACACCUGUGCAGCAGGACUGAAGACCGACAGGUCGCAGGUUCGAAUCUCGGGAGAGGCGGAUGAGCUCCCUCUAUCAGCUCCAGCUCCUCAUGCGGGGACAUGAGAGAAGCCUCCCACAAGGAUGAUAAAAACAUCAAAUCAUCCAGGCGUCCCCUGGGCAACGUCCUUGCAAAUGGCCAAUUCUCUCACACCAGAAAUGACUUGCAUUUACUCAAGUCACUCCUGACACGACCAAAAAAAAAAAAAGGUGCUUAAUUUGUAAAAUCAUAACGUAAUUUGACAUUUAAUAGGCUCUUCCUUAAUCCCUCCUUAUUAUCCAACAUUUUUGCUUAUCUAACAUUCUGCCAGCCCAUUUAUGUUGGAUAAAUGAGACUCUCCUGUACUUGUAGCACUGCAGAGUACUUCAACCAGAGAAGUCAGCAAUAGCAGAGCACCUAAUGAACCAACCUGGACACAACGUAUUAUUUGAGAACAUAGAAAUGCUGGACCACUCUCACAACCACUAGUCAGACUGCACAGAGAAGCCACUGAAAUCCACAAGCAGGUGGAUCAUCUCAACAGAAAAGAGAAAACCAUGACAAUGAACAAAAUCUGACUAUCAGUAAUAAAAAAACCCUCUAAAAUCAGGACAGUAAAUAAAGAUCAACACUCAGUAAACAAGGAAUUCCAGACAGGAAGCAAUCAGGGCCAACGAACACCUCCCAACAAAGGAUUCCCCCAGGCAGGAAGCAGCCACGCUUUGAAGCUACAAAAGGCUAUGCAAUGCUAAUCAAGCUGGCCAAUGGCAACAUUCACACUUGCCUCCAACAGACAAGAGUUCUUUCUCCCACCUUGAACAUUAUUCCAUAGAUAUAUAAACCUCACUUGCCUAGGUUCCAAAAGACUUCACAAUCUCUGAGGAUGCCUGCCAUAGAUGUGGGUGAAACGUCAGGAGAGAAUGCUUCUGGAACAUGGCCAGGCAGCCCGGAAAAUUAAUAACCACCCAGUAAUUCCAGCCAUGAAAGCCUUCAAUGGCACAGUUGAGGUUAUCUUCUCUCUUUUCUAAACGUGUUACCAUUAUCAACCACUACCCAUGACAUUAUGAGAAAGGUAUUUUUCCCAUCAAUACUGAGACUUGGAUCUUUUAUACGUAACUUCGAUUUUACCCAAUCAAAACAAGCAACACCAUAAGUGACAUCUUACAAUUUUCAAGGUAUUUUGUGCGCUCCGUAGUCAUCACAGCAACAAAUAUGAGCUAUCCAACUUUGCAGGCAAAUGGUGGAUACAUAUAUAUAACUUAUUUAAAUACCCCUAGCCACUACAUUACGACAUUUAGGGAGAACUAUUUGAAACCCAGAACUAUAUUUGCCAUACUUCACUAUUAUUGCCAAAUGUAUGCAUUACAAGAGAACUAUCGUAUUUAUAAAGUCCAUUGUAGGAACCCAAACCCCUGAUUAUAGUAUUCUGCUGAGGUAAGUUUCCCGAACAAUGUAUUUGCAUUAUAGGAAGAGCAAAAACGAUACAUGAUAAGACUCUUAUUACCUCAUCAUUCCUUUCCGGAUUGACAAUGUGCGUGAAAGUUUGGGAGUCCGAUGUAGCAAGUCUUGUACAUAAAUGGAAGUAGGGAUUUUUAAUAUAUGAUCAGAUUAUCCGUAUAAUAAUGAAAAUGUGUAAUAAAAGCAACCAAUGCUA